CGAAGACAAAAUUUGAAACUUAAUAAGUUAGGAGUCGUUACACAUUUCUUGACAAUAAUAAUACGUUUUAUCUAUUUAUUCAUUUUCUCUUCCUUGGUCAUUUUAUUUAAAAACUUAUGGAUAAAUUUAAGGAAAAAAUCAAUUCGCUUCGCGCUGAAGCUGAUGCAUCUGUUCAACGCGCUGAAAAUGCUGAAGCUGAAUUAAAAAAGGCCAAAGAAGAUAUAAUUGUAAAAGAACAAGAAAUCAUUUCCCUUACCAAUAAAAUUUCACUUUUGGAAGCUGAAGUUGAACGUGCUGAUAAAAAAAUUAGUGAUCUAAAAUCUGCGAAAGAGGAAGAGGAAUCAACUUCAAGUACCACUGAAGCACUUCAAAGAAAAAUUUCUAUACUUGAAAAUGAAUUGGAUACCACUGAAAAGAAUUUGAAGGAAACUACUGAAAAGUUACGCACAACAGAUGUUAAAGCCGAGCACUUUGAGCGUAAGUGUAACACUCUUGAAUCCGAGAAAGCCGAUUUAGAAAAGAAACUUGAUGAAAAGGAACAGGAAUUUAAAAAGAAGGAAGAAGAAUUAGAAGCCACACUGAAACAACUUGAGGAUAUGUAGCAAAGUUCAAUUAGUUUACCAAAGUUAAUACGACUAAUAUUCUUUUAUAUAUGCGUUUUGAUUUUUCACUUUUCAUUUUAAGUAUUUUAAGUGGAAUUAUAAUUUAUUUAAUCAAUAUUACAGCUAAAUUUUUUGACAUCAUUGUAAAUAAAUGUAAACUAUGAUAUGGCUGUUGCCUACCAUUACUUACAUUGGUCAAUAAAAUUUUGUCAGUAAAAAACCAUCUUUAUUUAAUAAAUUUUGC